AUGAGAAAUUUGUCAAUAAUUGUAUUCGUAUUGUUUACGAUUUGUUGGAAAUCGAAAGUGGUGAAAUCAACGUGGCCACAAACUUCUUCCAAUUUGAAAUUAAUUGGUUUUUUUCCUGAAGAAAUCACUGAAGAAUCAGAUGAUGGAUUAUGGAUCAUUCAUUGUCGUUCAAUGUUUCAUUCAGCUCUUGUUUUAUCUCAAAAAUAUGAAAUGAAAUUUAAUGGAGAAUAUUUAACAUCUGAAGAAAUCUUUACUGAUAAUGAAAUAAUGUUUACAUUUAAUAAAACUUGUGAAAAAGUGUUAAAAUCUAAUAUCAUUGGAUUUAUUGGUCCAUCGAGUUCUAAUGAAGCUCGAUAUGUUUCAUCAUUUGCUCAUCGAUUAGGAAUUGUUGAUAUUUCUUAUUCAUCAACAAGUUCAGAUUUGUCGACAAUCGACAGUGGAGCAUUUUAUCGAACAUCUUCAUCCGAUGAAAAUCUUGUUUUAGCUUUGCAAAUUUUAUUUGAACAAUUUCAAUGGAAAUCUUGUUUAAUAAUUUAUCAAAAUGAUGAAUAUGGUUAUAAUGGAAUGCAUUUACUCAGUCAAAAACUAAGUGAAAAACAAAUCAAAAUCUUUGAAACGAUUAAAUUUGAUAUAAAUCAACAAAAUUUACAAAUUGAUUUAAAAAAAACACUUUCAAAUAGUUUAUCACGUCUUAUUAUCGUUUGGGCAAAUAUAAAAUCAACGAAAAAGAUUUUAAACAAAGCUUUAGAUAAGAAUCUUAUUGGACAAGAUUUUCUUUGGAUUUUAACAACAACUGUUUCAUUAAAAGAUUUCAAUAAAGAUCAAAAAGAAAAACUUAUUGGAAUUCUUUCAAUUGAACCUUUUCAAGAAAAUGUCAUUAAUUCAUCAUUAUUAAAUCAAGCAAUGAAUAUUUGGAAAACUUACGAACCAGAAACAUUUCCAGAAGAAAAGAAAAUUAGUAUUUAUGCAUUAAUGACAUUUGAUGCAACAUGGUCAUUGAUUUUAUCAUUAAAAGAACUUUGUUCGAAUAAAUUGUUCUCAUGUUUAGAUUUUCUCGAUGUUUCUGAUUGUUAUAAUCGACGAUUUUUGAAUUCUCAAAAGUAUUAUCAAACAAUUCAAUCAAUAAAGUUUUUAGGAGUUUCAGGAUAUAUACAAUUUGUUAAUGGAACACCUGAUCGUUUCAAUACAAUGAAUUAUUUAAUUAAAAAUAUUCAACCAAUCAAUUUAACUGAAAAUGAUGUUAAUUAUGUUCCUGUUUUACAAUGGAAUAGCAAUUCGAUCAAAUGGAAUCAAAUUAAUGAAAUUUUCUGGCCAAAUCGAUCGAAAAAUAUUCCAAAAGAUCAUAAAUUAAUCUACGGUCAAAAGAUUCGAAUUGGUAUCAUUGAAUCUCCUCCAUCGAUAAUAUUGAAAAAUUCCAAGAAAAUUUAUGAAAAUAUGAAAGAUAAUUAUCAAAGAAUCAAUUUAGAAGAUUUUGAUGGAUUUUAUAAAGAUUUUUUAAUGUAUUUAGAAGAAAAAAUGGGUUUUAUUCCAGAAAUAAUUUUAGCCAAACCUUCAAUUCCAUAUGAUAAAUUAGUAAGUGAAGUUGCGAAUGAUUCAUUUGAUAUUGUUAUGAGUAGUAUUGAUAUAAAUGCUAAAAGAAAUCAAAUUGUUGAUUUUUCAAAUGCAAUUAUGCCUGCGUCAUAUCGAAUUGUUAUAAGAAAAUCUCAAUUAAAUUAUUUUCAUAUAUUUAAACCAUUUCUUUGGGCUUUAUGGUUACUUUUAUUAAUUAUUAUUCCAUAUACAAAUAUUUUAAUUUGGAUUAUUGAAAAAAAAACUUUAAAUAAACAAAAUAAAGAAUCUUUAUUUGGAAUUAUGAUUGUGAUUAGUUAUCCAAUUUAUAAUUUAUUUCGAACAAAUUCUUUACAUAUAAAAACAAAUGCUGGAAGAUUUCUUUCUUCAAUUUUAUGGAUUUUACAAUUUAUUUUAUUAAUUGUUCAUACUGCUGGAUUAAUUUCAUUUUUAAUUCCAUUAAAUUCUAAAAUAAUUAUUUCAGGAAUUGAUGAUAUUAAAAAUGGAAUUUUUCCUCGAAAUCGAAUUGGAAUUCUUGUUGGUUCACAAAUUGAAGAAUAUUAUUUAAAUUCAAUUUCUCAUGGAAAAAAAGAUUAUUUUCCAUUAAAAACACCUGAUGAAGUUUAUACAAAAUUAAUUAGCGGAGAAAUUGAUGCAAGUUUAUGGAGUAAUAUUUCAACUGCUUAUCAUAUUAAUAAUUUAUAUUGUCAAUUAAUGACUGUUGGAGUCGAAUUUAGUCAUAGUUUUUAUCAAUUGCCGAUGAAAAGAGGUUGGUUGUAUACAGAAGAUUUCAAUUGGAAUAUUUUAUCAUUUAUGGAAUCAGAACAAAUUGAUCGAAUAUCAGCGAAAUGGUUUGGAAUAGGGGUGGCACAUUUACUUUACUUUUAG